CAGUGUGGAUUUCGUGCGUGAAAAUUAGUUAAGUUUUUAUGAAAAAAUACAGUAUUUCGCAUAAUAGCAAACAAAUAAAAAGUGUUCUGAAUGCUGCAGAAAAUUGCUUAUCAAGUAAUCAACUCCAUUUGUGUGGGGAGCACUGAGGAAAAGCGUAGCGUUCAAUUGAAAAAGUGAAAACAGUGCCAAAAAUCCAACAGUAAAACCCAAUUGCAAACCACAGCCAAACAUCAACUACACAUACUUGUGCACACAACACACGCACACUCUCAUACAUACCAUACAUAACUAGUGUACAUACAUAUAUUGCGUAUCGAAUAAAGAAAAACCUGCAACAACGUCGUCACAUACGCAAUCUGCUCCAACACGCUCCAGCAAACGUCAACGUCAACGCCGACGCAGCAGUACGUUUUGCCUUCAACUCAAACAAUACAAAUACACGCGCACAUCAGACACACACACACAGGCAUACUCAUGAUGUCGUAUAUUAUGGCCAAAACAUUGGAGGAGCAGAGUUUACGCGAAUGCGAGCAUUAUAUACAUACGCAUGGCAUUCAAGGUGUCCUUAAAGACUGCAUCGUCCAGCUGUGCGUCUGCCGACCGGACAAUCCUGUUCAAUUCCUGCGCUGUUAUUUUCAAAAACUGGAACGGGAACAAGUCAAACUGGAUGCCAGCAAACAGGUAAUCAGUCCAGACGACUGCGACGAUCUCAGUCCAAUGCCACAAACCGCUGCACCACCUGUGCGUAGGCGCGGCGGCAUCUCCGCCGAGCCCGUCACCGAAGAGGAUGCCUACAACUAUGUGAAGAAAGUGGUGCCCAAGGACUACAAGACAAUGAAUGCGCUCUCCAAGGCUAUUGCCAAGAAUGUGCUCUUUGCGCAUUUGGAUGAGAGCGAACGCUCCGACAUAUUCGAUGCCAUGUUUCCGGUCAAUCACAAUGCGGGCGAGAAUAUUAUACAGCAGGGCGAUGAGGGUGACAAUUUCUACGUAAUCGAUGUGGGCGAGGUGGAUGUGUUUGUGAACUCUGAGCUGGUGACCACCAUUAGCGAGGGCGGCAGCUUUGGCGAGCUGGCGCUUAUCUAUGGCACACCACGUGCCGCCACAGUGCGCGCCAGGAGCGACGUCAAACUGUGGGGCAUCGAUCGCGACUCCUACAGACGCAUUCUGAUGGGUUCAACCAUACGCAAACGCAAAAUGUACGAGGAGUUUCUGUCUCGCGUCUCCAUACUGGAGAGUCUGGACAAGUGGGAGCGCCUCACAGUUGCCGAUUCGCUGGAGACGUGCGCCUUCGAGGAUGGCGAGACCAUUGUGAAACAGGGCGCCGCUGGCGAUGACUUCUAUAUCAUCCUGGAAGGCUGUGCUGUGGUGCUGCAACAGCGCUCUGAGCAGGGCGAGGAACCAGCUGAAGUGGGUCGUCUGGGGUCUAGCGAUUACUUUGGUGAGAUUGCGCUGCUGCUGGACCGACCACGUGCGGCUACGGUCGUGGCUCGUGGCCCGCUUAAGUGCGUAAAGUUGGAUCGUGCGAGAUUUGAACGUGUUUUGGGACCCUGCGCGGACAUACUUAAGCGCAAUAUAACGCAGUAUAACAGUUUUGUUUCAUUGUCUGUCUAGGCCACGCAACAACAACAGCAACAACGCAGCUCACCUGUCAACAACCAUAAAAUAGAAAAGCAACAACAAACGCUCAGCAGCCCAACAAACAACACACAAACCAACAAACAAACAAACAAAAUGCAAUCUUUGACUUAAAAAUACUUAAAUGUAUAUUGAUAAAAUCAAAAUAGCAAGCAAACGCAAAUGUAUAAUUCAUAGGCUCAGCCCGCACUUUCAAAAAUGAAUUGAGUUGAGCUCAAGGGGCUGGGCCUGCAAACUAAACAAAAAAGAAAAUAAGUAAACAAUUGCUAAUUACGUAUGUAUGUAUAUGAAUUCUGAAUGUUGUGCUGAAAGUUACAUAUGUAUUUGUGUAAUGUGUGUGUAUCUCUUGGUGUACAUUGUUGCAGCAUGUUCCACACAAAAAAUAUAUGUAUGUAUUUAAAACAAUGAACUGCAACUGAAUAACGUUUCAAUAUACAAUGCACACUUUAGAAAGCAUUUUCAAUAUAUAACAAUUUUCUACAAAAUGCAACAAAACAAAAAAAAAACCAAAAUUAUUUUACAACUGUUUAUAUGAACUUUCUUUAUGCGGAACAUGCUGCCAGCCACUAAAAUAAAAAACAAAACAAAACAAAAAAAUAUAAAAACUUAUUGUUACGAAUUACAAGUAAAACAAUAUUAUUUUGAAAUUUAUUGAAAACAUCUAAGUGUUUUGUACAACAUAAGCCAACAAGCUAAGUUAAAUUAAUUUAUGUAAAGUUUAGCUGUAAACCAUUUACACAUACACACACACACACACGUAAAACUGAAAAGUGUUUAAAGAGUGCGCAGCGCAAUUUGUUUGGCGGGCAAAACACACACUUUUAUUUAAUAUUUAGUAAAUUAUUUUUAACAUACUGAGAAACAAAACCUACAACUAUUCGCACAUGAAAUUAGCAAAGUUUAAAUUGAAUUGCAAGAUCAAAGCAAAUUAAAUUAAAAGUCAACCAAA